UCCUGCUGCCGCCCUGGCUCUCCCCUGCCAUGGGGAAGAGGAGGAGGCGGCGGCCGCGGCGCGGAGCAGCGCUUGGGGAGGGCUGCCGGGCAUGGAGCGGUGCCCGAGGCGCACAGAUUUCUCUCUAAACUCAAGCAUUUGGGUGGAUUCAUAAAAGUGCAAAGCUUGGAUUUUACACACUUUUUUUUUUUUGGAACUGGCAUGCUAUAAGCUGACUCUGCUUAUUAUCUAGUGAUCUAGCACUGGGUAUGAUGGCCCAGUCCAGGUCAAAUGGAUCUUACUAUGCCCUGACUGCUAUAGGGUUAGGAAUGCUUGUCCUUGGGAUCAUAAUGGCAGUCUGGAACCUGGUCCCAGGAUUUGGCCAAACUGAUAAGCCUCCCUCAUCUGCUGGAAAUAGUAGCAAUCCAGAGCAUGAUGGUGGAGGAAUAUUGAAGAGUAAGACCUUUUCCGUGGCUUAUGUAUUGGUUGGGGCUGGAGUGCUGCUGCUGUUGCUCUCCAUUUGUUUGAAUGUCCGGGACAGAAAGAAGAAAAGACAAAAUGAGGAUAUUGCUAGGAUCCAGCAAGGAACAUCUGCUGAACCUCGACAUCAGGAGGACAGUCAAGAAGAGGAUGAUGAGACACCGUCGCGAUACUAUGUUCCCAGUUAUGAGGAGGCUAUGAACGCGGGCUAUCCUGAGACGGGAGAAUUGGACAGAAACACCAGGAUCAGCAUGUCUCUACCCUCUUAUGAAUCUCUAACUGGGAUUGAUGAAAAUACACCAACUACAACCAUCGCAGAUGUCGAUUCGAACAUACAGCGUCAGCCAAGCAGGCACAGCUCUCGCUUGAACAAACAACUGAAACCCCUGAAAGUUCGGAGAAUUAAGUCUGAUAAGCUGCACCUAAAGGAAUUCCGAAUAAACCUUCCAGACAGAAACAGUUCAGGUCAAAUAACAAUAGAACCAUUGACCCCUCCUCCUCAGUAUGAUGAGGUCCCAGAUAAAGCACCGGAUAGCAAGGAGGUGACCUAAAAUGUGUGGACUUUCCAGGGGAAAACACUACUAUAUACUUGAUCUGUGGGUACAAAUGCAGUCAAAUUCCCACAAGCCUCAAAAAGAUCAAGGAAAUGCUGGACUAUAUACCUCUUUUUCAGAAGGACAGAAUGAUGAUUCCAAGACAUGGCUUUUCAUGAAAUACCACUAAAAAUUAAACACUAGUGCACCUGAUACUCUGAAAUAAAUGAUCUUUAUAAGUACCAAAUCUAUACUUUUGUUUUAAAUUAAGUGGUACAUUGUAUGUCUCUCUUGUGGUUCUUUUUUCUACACUAUAUAUAUUUUUAAGCCACUAAAUUGUUGUCUUUUUUACCAAUAAUUUUAAAAGUAGAAAAGGAAAGGUAAUUUUUUUUUUUUUUUUUUUAGUUUCUCUUCUUUCACGUAAGAAAAAUCAAACUGUGUGGCUUUCUCCAUUUCCAUUAAAAUGGAGUUGAGGUAACUGAAGAAAGCGAGUCUGCAUUUUGUAACACCUCAGUCAUGCUGUGAAAUCUGUUGAAUGAAAUGACAAUUUUGAACCAUCAGAUUUGUUUAAUCCUUUCAGCAGUACUCAUGAUGCCAGUGAGAAGCUUUCUAAGCACUGAGAACCAUAGAUGAGAAGAUGGUUUUUGGUCUUCCAGUGUGAAUGGAGAGUAUGUUUGAGGUUAACCUGUAAAUUUAUUCAGUUGGCAUCUACUCCAUUGUGUCACUUCAAAAAUGUUUAAUGUUGUAAGUUAGCACUGAAUACGCUGAGCAA